AAUUAUAUAAAGCAUCAAGUCUUCUUAUAUCUAGGUGUCAUUUUGUUCUCGACGCUCGGACGAAGAAGACGACUGAAACACAUGUUCUGCAUAUCUUUAAAAUGGAUUUUCAAAAUAUCAUCACGUUUGCAUUGAUUGUUGCUAUGUGCAGUUUGCCCGCACAUGGUGCUCUGAGACUAGAGAAAAGACAGGCCACGGAAUCGAUGUGCCCGCAAGGAUGGUCAUUUUUUAGUAGAGAUUGCUACGUGUAUAAAUACGACAGCGACAGGAAAAACUGGGUGGAUGCUGAAGCUGAUUGCGUUACGAAUGGCGGUCAUCUUGUGGAUAUUAAUAGUGAGGCAGAAAAAACAUUCCUUGUCAAUGUUAUGGAGAAUACUACUGAAUACUCGCCGAGGCCGGCUUGGAUUGGGCUGAAUGAUAGGACAGAGGCUAACACCCAUGUUUGGGUUUCUUCAAAUAAAGUUCCUACUUAUACGAACUGGGGUGUUGAUGAACCUAACGAUGUCUCUGACACACAACCUUGUGUACAAAUGUACAGUUCUGGGUUGUGGAAUGAUAUGCGCUGCUCAUAUUCUCGAAACUACUUUUGCAAACGUCCGGCAAAUGAGGAAUGCCAAGAUGGAUGGAGCCUCUACAACAGGCGCUGCUACAAAUACAGCGAUAUUACUAAAAAUUGGAACGCGUCUCAAAAUACAUGUAUUGGUGAUGGUGGAGGCCUUGUAGAAAUUACUAGCGCUGAGGUGAAUAUAUUCCUGGUCAAUCUAAGAAGCGGAUCCACAGUUGCAGAUGCUUGGAUUGGGCUAAAUAAGGUUGGUGACACACAUAAAUGGAUGCCAUCGGGAAAUGUUGCAUCUUACACAAACUGGGCACCUGGCGAACCUAACAAUCACGAAUCUUCGGAAAACUGUAUUGAAAUGUAUCAAGACGGGAAAUGGAACGAUCAUAACUGCGCAAACACCCGACGCUACUUUUGUGAAAAACUGCCGAAUAUCAUUCCCUAUGAAUAAGAACUAGCGAACUGGAGAGGAAGUGAUCGGACAAUGACCUAGAUUUUUGCUGAAGAUUUACUCUCAUGUAUAACCAUAAAAUUUAUAGAAUUAUUUUCUUUUCCUUAAUAAUGUCUGUGUGAUUUAAAUUUAAAAUAAACAAAACGAGGAUGGAAGUCAACAACAAAUGGAUGUCCUCCCUAUGUCUAAACUUGAAAAUAAACUUCAGAGCUUUUACACAGACUUAAGCAAUCACGUUUUAUUUAUUUUCGAGUUUGAAGGAAUAUGUUAACUAUAAGUUUGAUAAUAAUUAAAAGUUCAUUCACAGAGCAUAGUAAAA